CCUGAGCUAAGAGGCUAGUGUGGCUUUCUGUGAGAGUUGAGCCGCGCUGAGGGAAAUUUGUUCAUUUUUAAUGAUUUUGGGAAGGAUAAUAGCCAACCACCAUCGCAUUUUCUCUACAUUUGGGAAGUGCCUCCACGGUCCGUCAGACGCAACCUCUUGGGAGAAAGAGUGGGGACUUAAACUUCGUAAUGUUUAACCCACACAUGCACCACCACCACCAUCACCACCAGCAGCAGCAGCAGCAACAACAGUUCCACCAACACCUGCGGCAACUACAGCAACUUUUCCAGCAUCAGCAGCCUCCCCCUCCGCCGCCUCCACCACCGCCACCACCUCCGACACAGCCGGCCCCAGCCCAUCAUGUCGGCCAUCACCACCACCAGACUCAACGGGGCCUCCCUGGGCCUCCGCAGUCAGGCCCCCCUCCCAGGAUGGUCAACCUGUGCCAGGCGACCCAGACUACCCUCAUCGGCCCCAAUCCCAUGAUGCAGGGUGCCUUAAUGAUGCAACAGAUGCAGAGUAACAUGCGGGGCUUUGGGAUGGUUGGACAGCAGUUUCGUCAGUUCUAUGCUGCGGCGAACAGGUCGUCCCUUCUGGGUCCGGUUCCGAUGGGCAUGGCCAUGAAGUCCCCCAUCAGGGGUUACCCUUCUGCUCGGCCUUACCACUCUCACCCUCGCUACUACAAUAACUCUACCAGCACACCGGCCACCAGCGCAGCAUCCACCUCCUCUUCUACCACCACCAGCACGGAGGCUGUUGCUCGCCAGCAGGACAGGAAGAGGGACAGCGUGGAGAUGGCAGGCAACAGUGCGGGUGACUGUCCAGCAGCGAGCAAGGCUGAUGAGACGAAAAUGGGUGGUGCUGAGGGAUCGGUGGAAGGCUCCGCACAGAACUGUGAGCAACAGCUUGAGGAGCCUGCAGUGAAGAUGCAGAUCAUGGAGAUGGAAGGGUCAGAGGAGCCUCAAGAGCAGCAUGUCGGCACCACCAGUGCAGAUGGAGACGUUCUCUCUUUAGAGUACAACACAGAAAGCAACCAGCCAGAAGACUGCAUCCUUCUAGAUGAGGGAGGCCAUGCUGAUGCUGAUGAGGGGCUGCAAGAGAGCCAUGCCGCUGAGGAGGAGUACAGCUGUUCCAGUAUGCAGGAGGACUUUGUGGCGUCAUCAGACAAGCAGGAAGUGGAGGCGAGCGUUGCAGAUGGCACCAAGUUCUACUGCUACCUCUGCACCAUCACCUGCCACAGUCAGGAGAACUUCCGCAGUCAUAUGAACAGCGUUUCGCACCAGCAGAGGAUGAUGGAGAUUCAGCACAUGAGCAACGCCUGCCUGGUCUCCCUGCUGCCACGACUGCACGAGUCGCUACAAGGGGCCAGCAAAGACUUUGAGAAAAAAGCCGACACGCAGCGUUGGUGUACCACCUGUCACGCCCACUACUCCACCACCAUCACUGACCAUCGACGCACAGAGGAGCACAAAUGUCUCUUCUUCUGUGUGCAGCUUGCAAAUAGAGCAGUUGUCUCAUCCUGCACUGUCUGCAAGAAACACUUCAGGACCUCAACGCUAUUUGUGGCGCACUUACAGUCCCAGGAACACCGGCAGGGAUUAGAGAAGCUUCAGGAAAAGGAGGGCUCUGACAUUGCAUCCAAGCCAAUAGAUUUGGACGACUUAAUGCUGCUAGAGGACGACGAGGUGGAGGAAGUGGAGGAGGAGGAGGAGGGCAGUGGGGAGACGCAGGACUAUGAGUCCCUCGAGAACCAGGAUGACUGGAGCUCGCAAAGAGAAGUGACCCUGAAGGAUAUGACCAGUGAUGAGCAGUACGAUGCGGACACUGUUUAUGACUCAAGCUUCUUCGUGCCAGUGGCCGGUUUCAUCUGCAGAAUUUGCAACAAGUUCUACCAUUUCGACUCCCCGGCUUUGCACACGCACUGCAAAUCUUUGAAGCACUUUGAGAACCUAAAGAGACAUAAAGAAGGACUCGAGCAGACGUGUGAAGCUGACGGAACCUUCGCUGACGAUGACAACCACCACAGGUCUCCAACAGAAACUACCGCAGACUACCAGGAAGAACACUACCCCUCCAAUGAUGUGGACUUGACAACAAGCCUGAACAGUGCAGAGGACCAGGACACAGCAGAAGACCCUGGACCAACCUCACAGGACAUCACACAGCUCAACGAGGCCACUGAGCUCAACGAGGCCACUGAGCUCAACGAGACCACUGAGCUCAACGAGACCACUGAGCUCAACGAGGCCACUGAGCUCAACGAGGCCACUGAGCUCAACGAGGCCACUGAGCUCAACGAGGCCACUGAGCUCAACGAGGCCACUGAGCUCAACGAGGCCACUGAGGACACCAAUAAAGAGGGAGAAGAGAAGCUGAACGCUACUGCUUUACCAGGGAAGAACAACAAAGGGUCGACUAACACCAGACCCCGGUCCAGGAGAACCGCCAAGCGACACUGAGGGACAACUGAGAGGAGCAUCUGGAUGUGAUGUGUGUGUGAGAGGUGUUUCAUGGGUCCAGAAGGGGCCAGCCAGCUUCUUUGCAAUUCGAAUACACACCGCGCCAAUUGCACAUACGAGAUAACAAACAUCAGUUCCAGGUGCUUGCGGACACAACACUCGGCGGGUUGGACGGCGGUGUUGUAGAUGGUCAACUACUGUAUGGAGGGAACACACCAAUACACACUGAGCUUCUGUAAGUCAAAUCAGUCGACUCCAAAUGAGACCGUAGUCACUCAUUGUUGAUUCAUCUCCUCAAGGUAAACUCCCCAAGAUUUCAAAUCAUAAGCAAGUUUUUUUUUGUUCGUUUAUUUUCUCACGUGGCUGCUGCUCAACAAAAAGCACGUAUCUUCAAAUGUCUAAAAUCGGUUUUUAUUUGUUUGAAAUAUUUGUCUAUUUUUCAAAUAUGAAAAUAACAAAAAUCAAUCAAUCGAGCUUUAUUGCAAACUCCGACGUCCAAGUAGACAUACAAUCACAUACAGUUCAUGAAACAAACAUAAAUACAGUAUAAAAGGCAUUAUCACAUAUUAUUAAAAACAGUGCUUGCGCAUGUUCAGUCAAAAGCAUCUAAUUAAUAAAUAAAAGCAGCAAUGAAUUUAAAAAAAUACAUAUUCGAUUGUAUGUAUAAACCAUGUAUGUACACAAUUUCUUUAUUUUUUACGUUUUUAUCAGAACUUCAAAAAUGUGUGUGUAUAUAUAUAUAUAUAUACAUAUAUAUAUAUAUAUGGGGGGGGGUUACCCACAUAUGCGGUCCUCUCCAAGGUUUCUCAUAGUCAUUCACAUUGACGUCCCACUGGGGUGAGUUUUCCUUGCCCGAAUGUGGGCUCUGUACCGAGGAUGUCGUUGUGGCUUGUACAGCCCUUUGAGACACUUGUGAUUUAGGGCUAUAUAAAUAAACAUUGAUUGAUUGAUAUAAUUUAAAUAAGAAGAUACAUGCUUUUUUAUUGAUUUUCUUGUAGUUCUGUAUUUCCAAAAUUCCACAUUACUUUUUAAUUCAAGAUUGAAUGAAAAUCGUUUUUUUGUUUUUUACCUUUUUUUUUUAACUUACAAACUUUGGAGAUAUGUGCUUUUUGUAGGUUUUUUUCUUAAGCGACGGCUGUCAAACAAAAAGCAUGUAUCUCCAUGGGCCGUGUACCUUUCGCCCAUUUCUAUUUCGAAAUCUUAAAUGCUAACCAUUUUUCUUUUUUUUUAUUUCUGAAACAAAAGUUUGACAGCUAUUUAAUGACACUUUUUUUAAAUGACAAUAUGACUCCUGCUGAACAAAGAUGUUACCGUUAUGCUAAAAACAUGCUAAACGCGAAAGAAAAGCUAAAAUACUGCGUCCGGUUCAAUUUGUCAUCACACAGAUAAACACGCAUUUUUGCAUUUUGGAUGAACAUAAAUUGGAUUUUUGUGUUUAUCUGGGAAAAGUAAAAUUAGUAAAAGGAAAACAGCACAAAAUCCAAUUUUUUGGCAAUAUUUUUGGUUUUAGAAUCUGCCAUAUAUAAUAAAAAUCGUAAAAUGGCCCUAAUUUAGUUUUUUGAUUUGCGUUGCAGAAUUGGAAAUGGGAUGAACGGAAGGUACACGGACCCUCCAUAUUUUCGAUGAGCAUCUUGUACCGUUACCCAAAAUACUAAUUGUUUAUAGAAUCUGUUAGAAAAAUGACAACAUUUGGAGAUACCUGCUUUGUGUUGUUGCCAUCCAUCGCCAGUGAGUUAGUUAGCAACACACAUGACUCAAAAACAUUACGGGCGGAUUUCGAUAAAACUUUCAGGAAACGUCCAAAUUUGGAUAAGUGAAUAGAUUUUGGGGGUGAGCCGGAGUAUUUCUACUACCUUACCUUAAGUUUACAUGACAAGUCUGGACUUCUCUGUGUGUGUAUGUUUGGCCCCGCCUCCACCCACAGAAACAAAGAGAGUGGGUGUCACUCCAUUUAUUUCAUUCUGAUAGAACAAACACAGCUAAAAAAAAAGUUAUGGCAGAUUUAAAUUAAACUUUCAAAAACAAUAUCCAAAAUUGGAUAAGUGUUUGGAUUUUAGGGGUGAUCCGGGUCACCGUCUGGAUUCAGGAUUUUUUUUUUAAUUUUUUACUAUUGCGAGAUAGGGCCUGGCCUAGUUCUUUAUGUGACAAAAAUUAUGUAUCCCCAAAUUUGAUUUUUUUUUUCUUAAUUCUUAUUUAAGAUACAAAUGAAGGUUGUUUGAUUAUAUUAUUUUUAAAUGACAAAAUUUGGAGAUUCAUGCUUUUAUUUUGUCAUGUCGUGGCUGUCCAACCAAUGUUUCUCCAAAUUGUAUGUUUUUUUUAAAACAAAAACCUUGUUUUUAGCUGUAAAAAAAAAAAAAAAAAAAACGACUACUUUUGUGAACAUGAGGAAAGCCCAUGUGUUGCAAUGGCCAGAGACUCUUGUAAACAAACCCAUGCUGCUGCAAGUGUCCAGUAUGACAUGUACGUUAACACAAACCGUUUCUUUUAGGUGUUAUCACAAGUCAAAUUGUGACUCUGACGUGAGCUCCACAGAGUAUUUGUGUGUGGCUCAGGAGAUUGAGGGCAUUUCUUGAAAGGGGUCAGGAUUAUGUUUGCUCUCUGCACUUGGAGAAGAAAACAAAAGAAAAAACACUCAUGAACGUACACUUGAUUGUUGAUCAUAGUUCCUUUUAAAAGCUUGUCCGACUGCUGUCAAAAAGUUGCGUUUGUUGAGUCUAACCUUGUGUUUGAUCAUUGAAUUGUGUCCCUUUUUUUUUUGUAGAUGUGAUAUUUGAUGGGGGGAAAAAAACUUUUUCUCUUUACUGCAGAAUGUUAGCUUAUCUUGCAUUGUAGAUGUGAAUAGCUUAUCUUGCAUUGUAGAAGUGAAUGCAUUUCACCCUUGUAUUGGUUACCUAGAACCCCAAAAGACUCGCCCAUGUGUAGCAACGCUCGUCAUGGUUAGCACAUUUCUCUUUUUCUUUACAUUGGUGUCGGUAGAGAUUUCUAAACUGUACAUUAUAGCGCAAAAUUUUUGGAUUGUUGUGUUUGGAUUUUUUUUUUUUAAACUACUGACAAAACUGAAAGCAAGACACAUGAUGUUUUCUAAAAGGCUGGAAAUUUAAUGUGUUUUUGGAUGUUGGAUUUCAGUUUUCCUGGAGCGUUUAAUUAUUAUUAAAAUGUCUGACAAUU